CAUUGCUUUCCGCUGCAAUAUCAAUAUAGGUCAUUCUGUUUGAGCAUCCAUUCCAGUUGGUUUUUUUUUAAAUCGUCACGAAUUAAUAGUAAAUGCUUGGAUACAUUUAGUUUAUCAUUUCCACACGUGGCUGCUCUAUAACGGUUGCGAAAUUCAAAGUUUGUGUUGCAUAAGUGGUUGUUUUUAGUUCGCGUAUCAUAUCUCUCCGAUUGGUGACGUGCGAGUCCAAAGAUCAUAUUUCUGAUCGACUUCGUAUUUACGUUCAUUUGUGUUGAGCUUUCGCAUUUCAGUUCUGAUCUUUAACCAUGUUGCAAUCGGUUGUUCGUUCUGUGACCCGGCUCAGUGUGGCGGGGUCACGAUCUUAUUGCAAUGCUUCCGACAAGCUAGUUCUCACUGAGGUGAAUGAUAAGACAGGUUACGCUACAGUCACGCUCAACCGACCACCAGUCAACAGCUUGAACUUGGAACUUUUAACUGCGAUAUCAGCAGCAUUAGAUGAUCUACUAAACAACAAAUCGCGAGGAAUGAUUUUGACAUCAUCCUCGAAAUCAGUGUUCAGUGCCGGUUUGGAUAUCAUGGAAAUGUAUAAACCCAAGCAAGAAAGAAUGAAGGAAUUCUGGACAACCCUACAAGAUGUUUGGUUCAAAUUGUAUGGUUCACCAUUCCCAACAGUUGCAGCUAUAAAUGGUCAUUCCCCGGCCGGUGGUUGUCUGUUGGCCAUGUGUUGUGAGUACCGCAUCAUGUUACCCAACUUCAGUAUCGGCUUGAACGAAACCCAGCUUGGAAUUGUCGCCCCAACAUGGUUCCAGGCAACGAUGCGUAACACAUUGUCGCGCCGUGAUGCGGAACUUGCACUCACGUUGGGAACGCUUUUCAACACCGAGGAAGCCCUUAAGGUUGGAAUGAUUGAUGAAAUUGCUGCCAACAAGGAGGAAGCAAUAGCCAAGGCGACCGGCUUCUUAGACCGUUUCAAGAAGAUAUCUCCGCAGGCGAGAUCGAUGACGAAGCAAGCCCUUCGAAGCAAAGACAUUAUGGAACUGGAGGAUAAUAGAUCACAGGAUGUUGAUCUAUUUUGUUUUGCUGUAUCACAGCCGAAGGUACAGAAAGGGCUAGAAAUAUAUUUGGAGUCACUGAAGAAAAAAGCAGCCAAGUGAGCAGCGUCAAAGGAAUCUUCAGGCAUUUGUUUGUUUCACAUUAAACUACAUUUAGGAUGAUUUAAUAAAUUUAUAUAUUUUUAUUAAACAGCUUACUCAUUCUGUAAGACUGACAUUGUAGCUUGUGAUAAUCCGGUAAUUUUAUUUUAGUCUUAAAUUCUAUCUAACCUAUCUAUACGAAAACAAAUCUUAUCUUCAAGGACUAGAAUAAACCAAUUUCGUUGAUUUUGUUA